UGUCUAAGUGUGUAUGUUCGUGCGUGUCAUGUCUUGUUCAGAUGUAAACCAACGGGUGUCCCACCAGCGACUCUAUUUCGGUGCCCUACAGGGUCCCAGGGUCGGCACUGACUGGAAUGCGUAGCCUACCGGUGAGUAGAUAACCCGCAAAUGCACAUGGUACGUCUAGAUAACACGUUGGACUGAAUUCUACUAAGCAUUUGCCAGGGAGGGGGAGGUAUAGAAAUUACUAGAAUAUUAAAAAACGAAUCGUUGUCAUGGCAGCCUCCAAACAACACUGUGCAAUGACAACAUAAACGGAGCUUAGGCAAAAGCCUUGAAUAGCUAGCCAAUCAGAGAGCCCCAAUAAGGUCAGAUGGCCGAUAGCUCCCACUUGGCGUUCUAUUAUGUUUCAUAGUAACUGUCCAGGAGUCGCAGCCAGGAACUGACCGAGGCAGACGAAGGAACGGGUCCGGGGAAUAUUAGGCUAAUUUGUGUACAUAUUUUAUUUAUUUUUCUGUGCCGCUUUUGCCCCGUACCACCUGUGGAGAUGUUUAACAGUCUUCUAAGGGAAUUCGACGAGGAUCCGUUCUUUGCCGACCCCUUCCAGGCGCACAAUGAGCGCGUGCGGCAGAUGAUGCGCAGCUUCUCCGACCCGUUCGGCCACGGCCUCAUGCCCAGCCUGACCGACGGCACCAACCGGGCCCAGCCGCAGUCCAACAUGGCCCUGCAGGAGAACCACAGGGGGAUGAGCCAGUCUUUGCAACCCUUCGGCUUCAGUGAUCAUAUGGUCAGUACCUGCUCGUUCAAAUGCCCCUUCAGCCCUCCUUAAUGCCCCAUCAGCCCUCCUAAAUGCCCCAUCAGCCCUCCUUAAUGCCCCAUCAGCCCUCCUAACAGCCCAAAGAUGGCAGCUGGCUCAGCCACAGACCAGGUUCUGAAGCAGUAAGGUCCUACACCAGGUUCUGAUCUAGUAAGGUCCUACACCAGGUUCUGAUCCAGUAAGGUCCUACACCAGGUUCUGAUCCAGUAA